CUAUAUAAACACAAGAAGCCGCUGUAAUACCUCACUCACAUUGCUUUUCUCCGGGACCUACUUUCUGACAGUUGUCUUCCUGACACCACGGCUGAAAAUGGGAUUUACCAGGCAAAGGUAUCUGAAAAUAAUCUCCAUCUUUUCGGUGACUGUAACAGUGCCCUUCCUCUUACUGAAUUCACAGAAGAACAAAUGCUCUGAAAAGGCAAAACGGGACCUGAGUCACUUACUAAAGCAGAGUGUUGAAGAACUUCAGGCUUGUUCUGCUAUCAUCCAAGGAGACAUGGACGGGGUGGACAGCAGAUACUUCGGCAAGCUCCUGGCCUCCAAAAAGAGAACGUCCUUGUUGUCCGAGUCCUUCUAUCUUAAUUCAACCACGGACUGUCAGGCAUUCAUCCGAGACAGUGGAUUUAUGACUGUUUCUCUCAGUGAAGAGGAGAGAGAUUUUCCCAUUGCUUAUUCCAUGGUGAUCCAUGAGAAGAUCGAGAUGUUCGAAAGGUUGCUCAGAGCUGUUUACGCUCCGCAGAACGUGUACUGUGUUCACGUAGACCAAAAGUCUCCGGAGGUUUUCAAAGAAGCCGUCGAGGCCAUUGUGUCUUGUUUGCCCAAUGUUUUUGUGGCUAGUAAACUAGAAAGCGUGGUCUACGCCUCCUGGUCUCGAGUUCAAGCGGAUGUCAACUGCAUGCAGGAUCUACUUAAAUCACCCGUUCAGUGGAGAUAUCUGCUCAACACCUGCGGCACUGAUUUUCCUAUUAAAACGAAUGCGGAAAUGGUGCGGUCCAUGAAACAUCUCAACGGGAAGAACAGUAUGGAGUCUGAGGUCACAAGUGAACACAAAAAAGCCCGUUGGAUGUAUCAUCACAACGUCACCAACGUGGUGAGACAGACAGACGUUAAAAAGACGCCCCCGCCAAUAAAGUCACCCAUGUUCUCUGGAAGUGCUUACUUUGUGGUUUCAAGAGAGUUUGUGGAACAUCUUUGCAAAAGCAAAGAGAUUCAAGAAUUCAUGGAGUGGGAGAAAGAUACGUACAGCCCGGAUGAGCACAUGUGGGCUACGUUACAAAGAAUGCCUUCAGUGCCCGGAUCCAACCCUCCAAACAAGAAAUACGAGCAGUCGGACAUGAAUGCAGUCGCUCGUCUGGUGAAGUGGAGCUACCAUGAAGGCGAUCUGAAAAAUGGGGCUCCUUACCCACCAUGCACUGGGAUACACAGACGGGCAGUGUGCGUCUAUGGAGCUGGCGACUUGAGAUGGAUUGUCAGGCAAAAGCAACUUUUAGCAAACAAGUUUGACCCUGAAGUAGACAACGUUGCGAUCAAAUGCAUGGAGGCUUUUUUGAGAUACAAAGCUAUUUAUGGACGGUCAUUAUUAACGGUCCAAAAAUCAGACAUUUUUUUAUGAUGCUAUAGGUUUGAUUGUGGUAUUUAUGUAAAUGUUGUAUAUAAGAUUCGAAACUUUGACUUGAAAGUAAUAUAUUACUAAUAAUAUAUUAGUAAUACAUUAUCAUAUAUACAUAUAUAUAAUGAAAUAAAUGCGCAAAGGAAUAAACUAAAAAAAGCACUUUAUAUACAGGCGGAGCCAAUAUACCAUGCAAACAGAUUUAAGUUAGGCCUAGCUUUAGGAAGUUCAACUUUGGAUGUCCAAAUUCACUGUUUUUCAGGAAAUAAAAAACACACUGUACUUUGUAAAUGAUUCAAUUAAAUAUUGUGUUGUUAAAGUUGACAAGCACUUUUUAAUCAUUUUGUUAUGGUUGGAUGUCUGCAAAACCCAGUGACAAAUAUAAAGGGUAACUAUAUUUGAUUUAUGACCAAAAAUAAAAAUCACGAAAUAUGGAGAUAUGAGGCUUCAGAAAGACGGCAGCAAGUAAAACUGACUUUUCUCACGUUUAUCAGAUGUUUUUACAUAGCAGAUGUUUUCCGGAUCUUUAGCAGACAUCUUAUGCUGGGCAAUUUAAUGCAAAUGUCAACCUUACCAUGAAAAAAUGUUUUUACAAAAGGUUUUCACCAUAGCACAGAUGUGAGCAUUUGGUGGUUUAAGUACCCAUGUAAGCUCUCAAGCUU